UCUCUCCAUCUCUCUAAAAAAGCAUAACUCUUUGAUCUAAAUUUCAAGAUUGGUGUUUUCUUGCAUUUGCGUAUCUACGAAAGGAAAGAGAAUGGAGCAAACAAAAACUUUGGUAUGCUUGUUUUUUAUGUUCAUUUGCGUGAACAUAAAAAUAAAUUCAGCUUGCAUGACUGGCCCUACUCUGAAUGUUUCAAUCACACGUCUCAUAAAUGACAAGGGAGCCCUCUGUCUGGAUGGAACUCCACCUGCAUAUUUUCUUGACCAGGGUGAGGGGGACGGAAUAAAUAACUGGGUAAUUUAUCUAGAGGGAGGAGGGUGGUGCUCAACCGUAGAUGAAUGCGUUGAUCGAUCUACAAAAAAUCUUGGUUCUUCAAAGUUUUUAAAUGAGAGUAUGGAAUUUGAUAAUAUUUUGAGCAAAGAUUCUAAGACAAAUCCGGAUUUCUAUAGUUGGAAUAGAGUUUUUAUUCAUUACUGUGAUGGGUCUUCCUACACCGGAGAUGUUGAUACUGUCAACCCCGCUACAAAUAUAACUUAUAGAGGAGGGAGAAUCUUUAAUGUGGUAAUGGAAGACUUGCUAAAAAGGGGAAUGAAAAAUGCCACAAAUGCAAUUCUUUCUGGAAGCUCGGCGGGUGGCUUAGCUGUUAUUUUGCAUUGUGAUCGGUUCCAAUCACUUUUGCCAACUGGAACAAAAGUUAAAUGUUUCUCUGACUCAGCAUAUUUUUUACACGAGGAUCAUUUGAGGGGGGAGAAACAAUUCGACAUUGUCUUCGAAAGAUUGAUUACUUUGCAUGGAUCAGGCCAAAUGCUACCCUCAUUCUGCACAGAUAUAUUCCUCAAACCAAGUCUGUGCUUUUUCCCCCAGUAUAUAUUGUCAAACAUUAAGACUCCAUUAUUUAUCGCUAUGUCUUCUUUUGAUCAAAUCCAGGUUAAGUAUAACCUAUCUCCCAAACACCAUGUAUGUCUCGUGUAUCAGAAUUGCACCUUGGUUGAGGCAAAUGAAAUUGAAGCGUUGAGAUUAGAAUUUCUGGACGCAUUACCAAGGGGUAAUCCAUCCUCUAGGGGAAUAUGGGUGACAAGUUGCAUUGCCCAUGAUUUGAUUGAGGGUGGUUGGGUUCCUCCAAGUCCAACACUAUAAAUGGCAACAAGGCACAUCCAGAGGCUUUUGGCGAUUGGUUUUAUGAUCGGUGUACAAUUAAUAUCAUUGACAUCUCCAACACAUCAAAAAAUUGCACUGACUCUGGAAUACAUAUGUUGCCAAUUAUCUAAAUAUAGUAAAAUAUUAUGUUAUAUUGUUAUUUUAACUAUUAAAGUAUAAUAGCAUGUAUGAUAUUAUAUAUAUUUCACAAGACUCUUAAUUAAGUUGGAUUGUGUAAUUAUAUGGGUUUACAAGCUAUACACU